AUGUCUGCCCCGACUGCUCUCCGCCAACCGGAAGUCCCGACGGUUUCGCCAAUGCAAACUAUAGACCAGGAUGACGAGGUCUUGAUUGACGCGCAAGGAGCCGUCCAGCCAGAUGCUGCGAACCCUGUGGUGGAUGCUACCGGUGACAACGAAAUGCGUAUCGACGAGGAAGGACGUCCCGUGUUCACGCCGGCGAAGGAGACUAGUACUGCCUAUCGGAUCGAGUCACGAAAGGUUCCUGUCCCGCCGCACCGAAUGACACCUCUCAAGGCAAAUUGGACCAAAAUUUGCCCUCCUAUUGUCGAGCAUCUCAAGCUGCAAGUCCGCAUGAACGUCAAGAACCGAGCGGUGGAACUGCGAACCUCCAAGUUCACUGCCGAUGUGGGCGCGCUGCAGAAAGGUGCCGAUUUCGUCAAGGCCUUCACCCUCGGCUUUGAUAUCGACGACGCAAUUGCUCUUCUGAGACUUGAUGAUCUAUAUAUUGAAACAUUCGAGAUCAAGGAUGUGAAAACUCUCAACGGAGAGCACCUGGGUCGUGCCAUUGGACGUAUUGCUGGCAAGGACGGCAAGACCAAGUUCGCCAUUGAGAAUGCAAGCCGAACACGAGUUGUACUUGCAGACCAGAAGAUCCACAUCCUAGGUGGCUUCAAAAAUAUUCAUAUUGCUCGAGAGGCUAUUGUCAGCCUCAUUUUGGGUAGCCCUCCGGGCAAGGUUUAUGGCAACCUGCGUACCGUUGCUUCACGCAUGAAGGAGCGCUUUUGA